CUCAUUAAGCUUUUUACCUCUUCCUGUUUCUUAUAUCCAUGGUCCAAGAAGCCAAUGGGGAUAGAACCACUCUGAGGAGUCCUCACAGUUGGGGGCAAAGUGGAGGUGGGGAGGAGCACAGCCUGCCUUCUGCCAAAACCAGCCCUGAGAAAAUCAUUUUCCUAUAGAACAAGGGGAGAAGCUCCUGCAGGAGGCCAAGGAGAGAGAAGGGAUCUAGGCAGAGAAACUCAGCAGAAAUUUCUCAAGACGUUUCUUCUGUGUUACUUGAAAUCCUUUUCAGUGCAGUGAAGCUCCUAGAACUUCAUUCCCAUGAGAUUUCUGCCUCCUCCCCUUCCCAUGAGUUGUCAUCUAAAAUACAGCAAUGAAAGGGAUGUAUGCGUACUAAACCUCAUAUACUUGUGAUGUUUGAUAUUCUGACUAAAACUCUGUGAGCUGGGUUGGUACUUGCCCAUUUUCAGAAGAGACUGAGGCUCAGAGCGGAACGACUGGCUCAAGGUAAGGCUAGAAAGGACGGGAUCCGUCUGAUCCGGUGCCUGAGCUCCUCGGCCCUGCGUUCUGCGGCCUCCUGUGCACGGGCCAGUAACAGAACAUCGGAGGGGGGCACAGCACUUCUGUUGGAGCAGGGCCCCCUUCAGGGAAGGCCAGCCCCACCAGGGUAGAUGGGGCAGACCUCUCCCGUAUCUCCUUCCUGAGAAGGAAAAGAGUUAAGGUCUAGUUAGAUCUCUCUUCACCUUAAAACCUGCUUUGUUCUCAAGUGGGGUACGGCCUUGAUGUGGAGAGGGAGCUGGGCGCCCUAGUCUAGUUCUUUCUUUGACCCUGUAGAGGAGCCACCCAUUUCUUGGCCUUAGUUUUCCUCCGAGUUCUGUGACUGAGAUGAUUUGGGAUCCUGCUCAGCUCCGCGGCUGACACUUACUUGGGAGGAGAGGCUGACGGGGGCGGGGUGCGGGGAGGUCUCCAGGAUGGGCGCCAGGGCGGAGCCUCUGAGUCGGCUUCACGGGUGUCUGGGUCCAGUGGCCGUGCCCUCCCCGCCCCUCUUUCCCUCUGCAGUUUAGCUCAUGAGCUGCGAGUGAGCUGCAUGCAGAGGAAAAAGGUCCAGAUUCAGAGCUCGGAUCCCUCCGCUUUGGCAAGCGACCGAUUUAACCUCAUACUGGGGUAUAACUAGCAUUUUCCACAUUGUGUGUGGCCUUUGCGAUGGCUGCAUGUCACCAUGUGGCCCAUCUAAACAGCUUACCUGGGUGGACACUGGGACUCUUCGAAACGCAGUUCUGAGAGGAGCCGCUGUACGGACCUCAGACUCCCUGACUCCGCCCCCUCACUGCCCUUAUCCGUGUUCCUGACUGUGAGACCGCAUCGCUGUCCGCCUUGCCCGGGCACGGCUGGGCUGAGUAGGGACAAGGCGGAUACCAACAGUGACCGGCUCUUCACAGUGAAUGAUGUCAAAGUCGGAGGCUCCAAGUAUGGCAUCAUCAGCCUGCGAGGUCUGAAGACCCCCUCGCUCAAGGUGCAUAUGCACGAAAACCUGUACUUCACCAACCGGAAGGUGAACUCUGUGUGCUGGGCCUCGCUGAAUCACCUGGAUUCCCACAUUCUGCUCUGCCUCAUGGGCAUCGCAGAGACUCCGGGCUGCGCCACCCUGCUCCCAGCGUCCCUGUUCGUCAGUAGUCACCCAGGAGACCGGCCCGGCAUGCUCUGCAGUUUCCGGAUCCCCGGGGCCUGGUCCUGUGCGUGGUCCCUCAACAUUCAGGCAAAUAACUGCUUCAGCACAGGCUUGUCUCGGCGGGUCCUCGUGACCAACGUGGUGACGGGACACCGGCAGUCCUUUGGGACCAGCAGUGAUGUCUUGGCCCAACAGUUUGCUCUCAUGGCUCCUUUGCUAUUUAACGGCUGUCGUUCUGGGGAGAUCUUUGCCAUAGAUCUGCGUUGUCGAAACCAGGGCAAGGGCUGGAAGGCCACCCGCCUUUUCCAUGACUCAGCAGUGACCUCUGUGCAGAUCCUCCAAGAAGAGCAAAACCUAAUGGCAUCUGACAUGGCGGGAACGAUCAAGCUGUGGGACCUGAGGACCACUAAGUGUAUAAGGCAGUAUGAAGGUCAUGUGAACGAGUACGCCUACCUGCCCCUGCAUGUGCACGAGGAAGAAGGAAUUGUGGUAGCAGUGGGCCAGGACUGCUACACGAGAAUCUGGAGUUUCCACGAUGCCUGCCUGCUCAGAACCAUACCCUCCCCACACCCUACCUCCAAGGCUGACAUCCCCAGUGUGGCCUUCUCUUCUCGGCUUGGGGGUUUCCGGGGAGCCCCAGGGCUGCUCAUGGCUGUCCAGCAGGACCUUUACUGUUUCUCCUACUCCUAAUUAAUUCCACAGGGUGCAGCCGGGAGGGAUGUGGAUUUGACACAGGGAGUAAGCAGCAGCCAUACUUCUGCCACGACUGCUAUUUGCACUGAGGGCAUUUUAAUCAGAUGCUCUGUGUACACAGACCCCAUCCAACCAGCUGCCAGGAAGCAGGUGCUGUUUUAUGUGGAGACACUUCAGUAAAGUUAUUUCAGUUUAAGUUGUGAGCUCAGAGAGCUCAAAAGUCCUUUUCAUAAAAGGUACUUAUUUCCUUAUUGAACUCCUCAGACUGGUCUGUGGUCCCCCUCCUUUUUUUUUUUUUUCUUUAAACAAGAAAUACUUAUUCUAAGGGCUGAAGAUUGGCAGUAACUAAAUUAAAGCUGCUGCUUCCACGAAAAGCCUUUUAAAGAAGCCUAAUGAGGAGCCUGGGCGAGGCUGUUAAUGCAGUCAGUGCCUAGGUCCCAGAAAGCCAUGCACAUGGACUGGAGAAACCCAGCUGGGGAGACGGGGAAGGGGUUUGGGGUCAUUUCUCUGAGUCUCCAGAGAUAAAUGACUGAAGACUGGUUUUUGAAGUCAUUAAAAAGCCUUCUCAGACUCAGUCAACAUCUGUAGCAGACUUCCUUUCUCCUUUUAUCACCAUUCAAAGGCACUGGGAGGAAAGGUGGAUCUUCCUAGAUGCUGUAGGUUUUAAACAGGUUCUAGAAUGCCUUUGUUGAGAUGCCUUCCAGAAUGUUAUGUACAACAGCUCCUGUUGCUAUUACGGUGACCUGAAUGUCAGAUUUAAGGGCCCCAUCUCAAAGAAAAUUGGCUUUGACUUUCUGUAAUCGACCAGAAGCACUUUGCGAGAUGUUUAUACAGCGUCCAAGAGCCUGUCUUUCUACCACACAAUAAACUAGAAAGAACCAUG